GGAUCCCCAAUGGAAAGGGAAGGGAAGCGGAAGGCGUCGGCGAGGCGCCGUGAGAGAGCAGCAAUAAGCAAAGCGUGUAGGAAGAAGAAGAAUCUCUAGAUAUUUUUAGUUAGUGAUUUAGAAGAAGCGAAGCCGAAGGACGCCGCCGGCUGGGAGUGGGAGGGGGAGGUGUGGGGGGGUUAAAUCAUAGUAAAAAUGUCGUAUAGAAGGGGGCAGCAGGGUUCAAUAUCAAGGCAUUCCGCCAUCUUAGUGGACGAGGAUGAUGGUGACGAUGAAGAAGAAGAAGAGGAAGAAGAAGCAAAACAAGGAAUUGAGAAGCCUCAGGCUCUUCGUCCUUCAUCAUCGCUGGCGGCCAAGGCCAUAAGAGCAUCUUCCGCCCAUCGCGACUCCUCCCUCUCCUCUGCUUACGGCCACUCUGCUCUCUCUCCCUCCUCCUCCUCCUCUUCCCGCUCUCUCAACCCAACUAUCGGAUCUUCUUCUCCCUCAGUCUCUCUCCAGGAUUCAAAACCCUAUGAGUACACAUCAAUGAAAAGUUUGAAUGAAUCCAAGCAUGGGUUUUGGGGUGUUCUCGCUAGAAAAGCUAAAGCGAUUCUUGACGAAGAUAAUGUACCUCAAGAAAUUCAAACACCUGAAAGGACAAGGCCACACAUACAUGGUACAGAGACAAUGGGCGAGUACCAAAAUUCCAAUCACUCAGACGAGAGCCGUCGAAAAAUGGACAGUCCUAAACUACAACAGAAGAAGGGGUUGGGUGCCAUUGCAUCUUCUCUUAAUUAUAUUGGUGGCACCAUUGGUAAUGCCUUAGAGGAGGGUCUUACUAUAAUGGAGAGCCGGACUGCAGACAUAAUUCAAGAAACUCGCAAGCAUAUCAAGAAAAAGCCCAGUGGUUCUGAGGUACCGAGUCAGGCGCCAAAUCAUUCUAGUACAUGGCAACAACCCCAGAUGCAAACUGAUCAAGAACUUCAGCUGAAGGCAUCUCGCGACGUUGCAAUGGCCAUGGCUGCGAAAGCAAAGCUUCUUCUUCGGGAGUUGAAGACUGUCAAAUCAGAUCUGGCUUUUGCUAAGGAGCGAUGUGCUCAGCUGGAGGAAGAAAAUAAAAUUCUUCGGGAGAACCGUGAAAGGGGAAGCAACCCAGAAGAUGAUGAUUUGAUUCGGCUUCAACUUGAAACACUUUUGGCAGAGAAGGCCAGAUUGGCACAUGAAAACUCAAUUUUUGCACGGGAAAAUCGCUUCCUGAGGGAGGUCGUUGAAUACCACCAGCUCACCAUGCAGGAUGUUGUCUACUUGAAUGAGGGCACUGAAGAGGUCACUGAAGUCUACCCCAUCAUGGCUUCCUCAGGAUCGAAUCUAAACUCUGUUUCCUCAUCAUCAUCUCCACAACUACACUCUUCACUUCCUCCUGGGGUUGUCCGCAAGUGAUGGAGGACAUUGCCCAUUGCACACAAAAGUUGAGGAGGUCUCAUGAAAUGUCACCCAAACUAGCUCUUGAAACCCCAUUAGGGUGGCAAAAGAUACACAAAGACACUAGGAAUGCUUCUCUUUGAUUGGAGAUGUCCUGUAUUCUAUGUUUCAAACAAAGAUUUGAAAUGUAACAAUAUGAUUUUCUUGGUUAUUAUUAUUAUUAUUGUUAUUAUUAUUAUUAUUAACUAUUGUUAUUGUAUGAUAUUUUUGUUAUUUGUGUUA